AUGUCUCCAUACAUCUCCCGAAAGCCUGUACUCAAAGAAGAGAUGGUUUCUCGUGUCUUCAGCUUGUCGACACAAACUACACUCAACAUACUGUCUGGAGUUCCAACAACUCAUCCUUCACCCGUCAUCAAUCGAUUGCCAGAUCGAUCGUUGGGCUUCGACGAACCUUUGUUUGAUUCGAAUUUGAGAUCGUGUUUUCGCCUCUUUAAUGUUGAAUCGGUACUGCAUCUGCUUAAGAGGUAUUUGGGUGAAUAUGUGCAUGGACUCUCGACAGAGGCUCUAAGGAUUAGUGUCUGGAAAGGGGAUGUUGUUCUUAAAGAUUUGAAGUUAAAGGCGGAGGCUCUGAAUUCUUUGAAGCUUCCAGUAGCUGUCAAAUCCGGUUUUGUGGGAACCAUCACUUUGAAGGUUCCCUGGAAAAGUUUAGGGAAAGAGCCAGUCAUUGUUCUGAUCGACCGUGUCUUCGUUCUUGCUUAUCCUGCCCCUGAUGGCCGAACACUUAAGGAGGAAGACAUGGAAAAGCUUCUAGAAACCAAGCUUCAGCAGAUCGAGGAAGCAGAAUCAGCAACUCUUGAAGCAAGGGCAAAAUCUAAGCUGGGCAGUCCUCCUGCAGGAAAUUCAUGGCUAGGUUCGCUUAUUGCUACAAUUAUUGGUAAUCUGAAAGUAUCCAUCAGCAAUGUACAUAUUAGAUACGAAGAUUCUACCAGUAAUCCAGGGCACCCCUUUGCUGCGGGCAUCACCUUGGCCAAGCUUGCAGCUGUUACAAUGGAUGAGGAAGGAAAUGAGACCUUUGACACUAGUGGUGCUUUGGAUAAACUGCGUAAGUCGUUGCAACUUGAAAGGCUUGCCCUGUAUCAUGAUUGGAAUAGCUCUCCCUGGGAAAUAGAGAAGCAAUGGGACAAUAUUAGUCCUGAGGAAUGGGUUGAGAUGUUUGAAGAUGGCAUAAAGGAGCAGACUGAUAAUAAAACAAAGUCGAAUUGGGCCUUGAAUCGUCGCUAUUUCUUGUCCCCUAUCAAUGGGUCCCUUAAAUAUCACCGGUUAGGAAAUCAGGAGAGAAAUAAUCCAGAGAUUCCAUUUGAAAGGGCAUCAGUUGUCCUAACUGAUGUUAACGUGACAAUAACGGAGGAGCAGUAUCGCGAUUGGAUUAAACUAGUCGAAGUUGUUUCCAGAUACAAAACAUAUAUAGAGAUUUCACAUUUAAGGCCCAUGGUUCCUGUUUCAGAGGCUCCGCGUUUGUGGUGGCGCUUUGCUGCUCAAGCUAGUUUGCAACAAAAGAGAUUAUGCUAUCGAUUUUCCUGGGAUAGCAUUCACCAUCUUUGCCAGUUACGUCGGCGCUAUAUUCAGCUGUAUGCUAGUUUUCUGCAGCAGUCAACAGAUGCUAAUUGUCCAGAGAUGAGAGAAAUCGAAAAGGACCUUGAUUCCAAAGUAAUUCUGUUGUGGAGGUUGCUUGCGCAUGCAAAGGUAGAAUCUGUAAGGUCAAAAGAAGCAGCCGAGCAGAGGAAACUGAAAAAGGGUGGUUGGUUCUCAUUUAACUGGCGGACAGAAACCGAAGAUGACCCUGAGGUUGAUAGUGUGGCUGACGGGAAAUUUAUGGAGGAAGGAUUGACUAAAGAAGAAUGGAAGGCCAUAAAUAAAUUACUGAGUCAUCAGCCAGAUGAAGAGAUGAAUUUGUAUUCAGGAAAAGAUAUGCAGCAUAUGACUCACUUUCUUGUAACGGUAUCAAUUGGUCAAGGUGCAGCUAGGAUUGUUGAUAUAAAUCAGAUCGAGGUGCUGUGUGGUAGGUUUGAGCAGCUCGAUGUGACGACCAAGUUCAGACAUCGGAGUACUCAAUGUGAUGUAUCACUUAGGUUCUAUGGCUUAUCUGCACCAGAAGGUUCUCUUGCUCAGAGUGUAUCUAGUGAGAGAAAGACAAAUGCCUUGAUGGCUAGUUUUGUGAACUCACCAAUUGGAGAGAACAUUGAUUGGAGGCUAUCAGCCACAAUAUCUCCUUGUCAUGCUACGAUCUGGACUGAAAGUUAUGAUCGUGUAUUGGAGUUUGUGAAGCGAAGUAAUGCAGUUAGCCCUACUGUUGCACUGGAAACUGCAGCUGUGCUUCAGAUGAAACUAGAGGAAGUGACUCGACGGGCUCAAGAGCAACUUCAAAUAGUGUUGGAGGAGCAAAGCAGGUUUGCUCUCGACAUCGAUCUUGAUGCUCCAAAAGUGAGAAUUCCUUUGAGGACUUCAGGAUCGUCUAAGUGCAGUAGCCAUUUCCUUUUGGAUUUUGGUAAUUUUACACUAACCACCAUGGAUACUCGGUCUGAGGAGCAAAGGCAAAACUUAUAUUCUCGGUUCUGCAUUUCCGGAAGGGAUAUUGCUGCUUUCUUUACGGACUGUGGAUCUGAAAACCAAGGUUGCAGUUUACUCAUGGAAGAUUUCACUAAUCAGCCAAUUCUGUCCCCAAUUCUAGAGAAAGCGGACAACGUUUAUUCCCUUAUUGAUAGGUGUGGAAUGGCAGUUAUUGUUGAUCAGAUCAAAGUACCUCACCCUCGUUACCCUUCCACAAGAAUUUCCAUCCAAGUGCCAAAUAUUGGUGUUCAUUUCUCGCCAACAAGAUAUAUGAGGAUCAUGCAACUGUUCGACAUCAUGUAUGGUGCUAUGAAAACCUACAGUCAAGCUCCUGUUGAUCACAUCCCAGAUGGGAUUCAACCUUGGAGUCCUGCAGAUCUUGUUAGUGAUGCUAGAAUCUUAGUUUGGAAGGGUAUUGGCAACUCCGUUGCUACUUGGCAACCUUGUCACCUUGUUUUAUCUGGUUUAUAUCUGUAUACAUUUGAAUCAGAGAGGUCACUUGAUUAUCAACGUUAUUUAUGCAUGGCUGGCAGGCAAGUAUUCGAGGUUCCACCUGCAAAUGUUGGUGGCUCGCCAUACUGCCUUGCUGUUGGUAUAAGGGGAACGGAUCUUAAAAAGGCCCUGGAAUCUUCUAGCACCUGGAUCAUAGAUUUUCAGGGGGAGGAAAAGGCAGCUUGGUUGAGAGGACUUAUCCAAGCCACCUAUCAAGCUUCUGCUCCUGUGUCCGGGGAUGUACUGGGUCAAACAAGUGAUGGUGACUUCCAUGAACCUCAGACCAGAAAUUUGAAAGCUGCUGAUCUUGUUAUUACUGGUGCUUUAGUUGAGACAAAGUUGUACUUGUAUGGAAAGAUCAAAGAUGAAUGUGAUGAGCAGGCUGAAGAAGUUCUGCUUCUUAAAGUUCUUGCUGCCGGAGGAAAGGUGCACAUGAUAAGUUCAGAGAGUGGCUUAACCGUUAGAACGAAGUUGCACUCUCUGAAAAUCAAAGAUGAACUUCAGCAGUCAGGAAGUUCUCAGUAUUUGGCUUACUCUGUUCUGAAGAACGAAGACAUACAAGACUCAUCAGCGGCAUGUAAUUCUUUUGACAAGGAGAUGUCUGUAGGACAUGCAGAUGAUGAAGAUGCCUUCACAGAUGCUUUGCCAGAGUUUCUGUCUCCUACAGAACCAGGUACUCCAGAUAUGGAUAUGAUUCAAUGCAGCAUGAUGAUGGACUCUGAUGAACAUGUGAGACUCGAGGAUGCUGAGGGUGUGUUUCAUGAAAAUGAUACAUCUCAAGGAAAAGGCCUUUGCGACGAGGUAUUUUAUGAGGUGCAGGGUGGUGAGUUUUCUGACUUCGUAUCAGUUGUUUUUUUGACGAGGAGCUCCAGUUCCCACGAUUAUAAUGGAAUCGACACACAGAUGAGCAUUCGCAUGUCAAAACUGGAGUUCUUUUGCAGCAGACCGACUGUAGUUGCUCUAAUUGGUUUUGGAUUCGACUUGAGCACUGCAGCAUAUGUUGAAAAUGAAAAAGAUACCAACACUCUGGCAUCUCAAAAAUCUGAUAGUGAGAAAGAAACAAAUGAUGAAAGUGGACGCAUUGAAGGCUUACUUGGAUAUGGCAAGGACCGUGUAGUGUUUUACCUGAACAUGAAUGUUGAUAGUGUGACUGUAUUUCUCAACAAGGAGGAUGGUUCUCAGCUUGCGAUGUUUGUACAGGAGCGAUUUGGGUUGGACAUCAAGGUUCACCCGAGCUCUCUUUCAAUAGAAGGGACUUUGGGAAAUUUUAAACUCUGUGACAAGUCGUUAGACUCUGGAAACUGCUGGAGUUGGCUCUGUGACAUACGUGAUCCUGGUGUUGAGUCUCUUAUCAAGUUCAAAUUCAAUUCAUAUAGUGCUGGAGAUGACGACUAUGAAGGAUAUGAUUAUAGCUUAUCUGGUAGACUAUCAGCUGUUCGCGUUGUAUUCCUCUACAGAUUUGUUCAGGAGGUUACAGCCUACUUCAUGGGACUUGCCACUCCUCAUACUGAAGAAGUCAUUAAGCUUGUUGACAAAGUUGGAGGCUUUGAGUGGCUAAUCCAGAAAUAUGAGAUGGAUGGUGCUACUGCGCUAAAACUGGACCUUUCGUUAGACACUCCAAUAAUUGUUGUUCCUAGAGAUUCUCUGAGCAAAGAUUAUAUUCAACUUGACCUUGGUCAGCUGGAGGUAUCAAAUGAAAUAAGUUGGCAUGGGUGUCCAGAGAAAGAUCCCAGUGCUGUACGUGUAGAUGUUCUGCAUGCAAAGAUUCUUGGACUUAAUAUGUCAGUGGGCAUUAAUGGUUCAAUUGGUAAACCAAUGAUACGUGAAGGCCAGGGGUUGGACAUCUUUGUCCGGCGCAGCCUAAGAGAUGUUUUUAAGAAAGUCCCAACACUUUCGGUUGAGGUUAAGAUUGAUUUCUUGCAUGGUGUGAUUUCUGACAAAGAAUAUGAUAUUAUUGUAAGUUGCACAUCCAUGAAUUUGUUUGAGGAGCCAAAGCUACCUCCAGAUUUCCGUGGUAGCAGUUCUGGUCCCAAAGAUAAAAUGCGUCUACUGGUUGACAAAGUUAAUUUGAAUAGUCAGAUGAUUAUGUCACGUACAGUUACCAUACUGGCUGUAGAUAUCAAUUAUGCUCUUCUUGAGUUACGUAAUAGUGUGAAUGAAGAGUCGCCAUUAGCUCAUGUUGCGCUUGAAGGAUUAUGGGUAUCCUACAGGAUGACGUCACUAUCUGAGACAGACUUGUAUAUUUCAGUUCCUAAAGUUUCUGUUCUGGAUAUCCGUCCUAACACAAAGCCUGAAAUGCGGCUGAUGCUAGGCUCUUCGGUCGAUGCUUCCAAGCAAGUUUCUUCUGGAUCGUUUCCCUUUUCGCUUAAUAAAGGAAGCUUCAAGCAAACCAACUCUAGGGCUGUUCUUGAUUAUGAUGCACCAUGUUCAACGAUGUUGCUGAUGGAUUUUAGAUGGCGAGCAUCCUCUCAGUCAUGUGUUUUACGGGUUCAACAACCUCGUAUCCUUGCUGUUCCUGACUUCCUUCUUGCAGUUGGUGAAUUUUUUGUUCCAGCUUUGCGUGCAAUAACAGGAAGAGAUGAAACAUUGGAUCCAACAAAUGAUCCAAUCACUAGAAGUAGUGGCAUAGUUCUCUCUGAGGCUCUCUAUAAACAGACAGAAGAUGUUGUGCACUUGUCUCCGUGUAGACAGUUAGUAGCAGAUUCACUGGAGGUUGAUGAGUAUACUUAUGACGGAUGUGGUAAGGUGAUCUCGUUGAGUGAACGAGGAGAGAAGAAUCUAAAUUUAGGAAGAUUAGAACCCAUCGUAAUCGUUGGGCAUGGAAAGAAGUUGCGGUUCGUCAACGUGAAGAUUAAGAAUGGAAUGCUUCUGAGCAAGUGCAUUUACUUAAGUAACGAUAGUAGCUGCCUAUUUUCUCCAGAAGACGGUGUUGAUAUUUCAAUGUUAGAAAACACCUCAUCUAAUCCUGAGAAUGUGCUUGGCAAUGCGCACAAAGCAUCGGAUGUUUCAGAUACUUGUCAAUAUGAUUUGAAGUCUGGCCAGAGUCUUACCUUUGAAGCUCAGGUUGUUUCUCCAGAGUUCACAUUCUUUGAUGGUACAAAAUCCUCUUUGGAUGACUCCUCUGCUGUAGAAAAGCUUUUGCGAGUGAAAUUGGAUUUUAAUUUUAUGUACGCCUCAAAAGAAAAUGACAUCUGGGUUCGAGCCUUACUAAAGAACUUGGUGGUUGAAACUGGUUCUGGUCUUAUCAUUCUUGAUCCAGUUGAUAUCUCCGGGGGAUACACUUCUGUCAAAGAGAAAACAAAUAUGUCAUUAACGUCAACUGACAUAUACAUGCACCUUUCUUUGAGUGCUCUUUCUCUCCUACUGAAUUUGCAGAGCCAAGUAACUGGAGCCUUACAAUCUGGAAAUGCUGUUCCUUUAGCUCCAUGCACCAACUUCCACAGGAUUUGGGUUUCACUGAAAGAAAAUGGACCCAGGAACAACCUCACAAUUUGGAGGCCGCAGGCUCCUUCGAACUAUGUCAUAUUGGGAGAUUGUGUGACGUCAAGGGCAAUUCCUCCUACACAAGCAGUAAUGGCAGUAAGUAAUACAUAUGGGCGCGUGAGGAAGCCAAUUGGGUUUGAUUGUAUUGGCCUAUUCUCUGUUAUUCAAGGUUUAGAAGGGGCUAAUGGUCGACCUUCCCGUGAUAGCAAUGAGUGCUCCCUCUGGAUGCCUGUAGCUCCUGCUGGGUACACUGCUAUGGGUUGUGUAGCAAAUUUAGGAAGUGAGCCACCACCUGAUCAUAUUGUUUAUUGUCUAAGCAUGUGGCGUGCUGAUAAUGUACUUGGAUCAUUUUAUGCUCACUCCUCAAUUGAGGCUCCUUCCAAACAAUAUAGUGCUGGUCUCAGUCAUUGUCUUCUUUGGAAUCCCCUUCAGUUGAAGACAUCUACUUAUUCUGACCCAUCAUCUACAAACGGGUCUCAGAGCGAGAAAACAAUUGAUCAGACUGGAAGUUCAUCAGGAUGGGACAUUGUCAGGUCAAUUUCCAAGCCAACUAGCUAUCACGUUUCAACUCCAAAUUUUGAGAGAAUCUGGUUGGACAAGGGUGGUGAUCUUCGUAGACCUGUCUCAAUAUGGAGGCCUGUACGACGUCCUGGUUUUGCUGUAUUGGGUGAUAGCAUAACUGAAGGAUUGGAGCCACCUGCACUGGGGAUACUCUUCAAAGCAGAUGACUCUGAGAUUGCUGCGAAACCUGUGCAGUUCACCAAAGUCGCACAUAUUUUGGGGAAAGGCUUGGAUGAAGUUUUCUGCUGGUUUCCUGUUGCACCCCCUGGUUAUGUUUCUCUAGGAUGUGUUCUUACUAAAUUUGAUGAGGCGCCACAUGUGGAUUCGUUCUGUUGUCCAAGGAUUGAUCUUGUUAACCAGACCAACAUAUAUGAAGCUUCUGUCUCAAGAUCUUCAAGUUCAAAGUCUUCUCAAUGCUGGAGCAUUUGGAAAGUUGAUAAUCAGGCAUGCACUUUUCUUGCACGUUCUGAUCUUAAAAGGCCUCCAAGUCGGCUGGCUUUUGCUGUCGGAGAAUCUGCAAAGCCGAAGACACAGGAAAAUGUAAAUGCGGAAAUUAAGCUGAGAUGCUUCUCCCUGACACUUCUAGAUGGCUUACAUGGAAUGAUGACUCCCCUCUUUGACACAACUGUCACCAAUAUCAAGCUUGCAACUCAUGGUCGUCCUGAGGCCAUGAAUGCAGUACUCAUAUCCUCAAUCGCUGCUUCAACAUUUAACCCACAGUUAGAAGCGUGGGAGCCUCUUCUGGAGCCGUUUGAUGGAAUAUUCAAGUUGGAAACAUAUGAUACUGCUUUGAGUCAAUCAUCAAAGCCAGGAAAACAUCUGCGCAUUGCUGCUACUAAUAUUUUGAACAUAAAUGUCAGUGCUGCAAACCUUGAAACUCUUGGUGAUGCUGUUGUUUCCUGGAGAAGGCAAUUAGAACUUGAAGAAAGAGCGGCCAAAAUAAAAGAUGAAUCAGGUGUCUCUCGUGAGAGUGGGGAUCUUUCAGCUUUUUCAGCUCUUGACGAAGAUGAUUUUCAGACCAUUGUGGUAGAGAAUAAACUCGGCCGUGACAUAUAUCUGAAAAAGCUAGAGGAGAACUCAGAUGUAGUUGUAAAAUUGUGUCACGACGAAAACACUUCUGUCUGGGUUCCACCUCCAAGGUUCUCCAAUAGGUUAAAUGUUUCGGACAGUUCUAGAGAAGCUCGCAAUUACAUGACUGUACAGAUUCUUGAGGCUAAGGGUUUGCAUAUCGUUGAUGAUGGGAACAGUCACAGUUUCUUUUGCACCCUGCGCCUCGUUGUUGACAGUCAGGGUGCAGAACCACAAAAGCUUUUUCCUCAAAGUGCUAGGACGAAGUGUGUGAAGCCUUCCAUUACAGUUGUCAAUGACUUGAUGGAGUGCACUUCCAAGUGGAAUGAACUUUUCAUUUUUGAAAUUCCAAGGAAGGGACUGGCUAGAUUGGAGGUUGAGGUAACAAACCUUGCUGCUAAAGCUGGAAAAGGAGAGGUCGUGGGCUCGCUUUCAUUUCCUGUUGGACAUGGGGAAAAUAUUCUUAGAAAGGUAGCUUCUGUAAGGAUGCUAAAUCAAUCAAGUGAUGCUGAGAAUACAAGUUCCUAUACGCUUCAGAGAAAG